GUCACCUGGGAGAUGGAACUGCAUUGAAGCAAAUGUAGAUUUAGAAAUUCAAAUAUUUUGAGGAAGAUAUUUUUAACUGGUACAUUCUGCAACGACAUUUCGAUUGUAAUUGGGAAUUUGAGCGAAAGGGAAUUGAGCGGUCCUAUCUAUUAUCUAAUGACUGGUGACAGAUUCACUGCAGAGGAAUCAAAACACAUGACAGUGCAUCAUUCGGAGCGUCCCGAUCAGCUGGUCUUUAUAUGGGAUCAUUAAAAAGGUUUCCUGUAAAGUGCAGAGAAUGCUGAUGAGAAUGGAGAGAAGGACUUCCAGGAGGAAGAAUUCCAGAUGCCGACACAGCAGUGGGCAGUCGUUCCAUCACUGAUUCCUGUACUGGAAGGGUUACAUUUUUUUGACUGGUCAACUCUCAGUUUUAGCAGUGAGACCUCAUGGACCACAGAGCGCAGAGAGACAAGAGCAGGGCUAGCUACUUUGGAAAUGUUAAGAAUAGACUGGGAUCAAAGCUGCCGGCUGGAAUUUCGCAGUCUCCAGGCUUCAUUACAGCUCAAUGUUCCAUUGGCGGUCAGAGUGUGCUGGGGAACAGUGUUGGGCAGGAGUGUGGCAAAGGAAAUCACCAAAUCCGAAACCCCAAACUAAGACAGUACUAUCUAAAGGAGGCGGCAUUUCCAGUCAAAGAUCCAAUAACAAAGAUUUUGGAGUCAUGCAGAAACAAUGAACACGGAUUACCCAAGAACAAGGUCUCAAAUUCUACGGCGACAGCUUCUGACCCACAUCCGAGACAAGAGCACAGCCUUGAUCCUGCGCUCGACAUUGGUGUUGUGGGAACUGCAACUCUUGUGUCUCCUUCCACGGAUGCGGAAUAUGACAAACUGACGGAUGUGGAGGCAGUUCCUUUACCUGAUGGAAAUGUCUGUCUAUUGGCUCUUCCAUCUGAAUGCUCUCAGGGGGAGGGACCAGCCGCAGUGUCUUGCCUCAAACUGUUCUCCCGUUACAUCACAGACAGAAAGGGUGUGGUCUCUGGAAUAUUGCUGGUGACGUCCAAUAAGAUCUUCUUUGACCCUCAGAAGUCUCACCCACUUGUUCAGGAGAAUGGCUGUGAAGAAUAUGUAUUCUCCUGCUCUGUGGAUGAUCUUGCCUCAGUGUCCUUCUACACAGAUAUCUCUCACAUUCACUUCAACAAGACCACAUACAGAUUUAACAGUUGCAAGUCAUCAAAAAGCAAAACAAACAGCCACAAGAAAACCCAUCAGUCAGCAUUAGAGGCCAUUCCCGCUCCUAUGUCCUCCGUUUCACAUGAUCUGACAGCGACUCUGGAUGCUAAAGAAGAGGAUGAGGCAGUUGGAGAGACUAGGGACAUGUCUGAAGCUGAGGAAAUGCUAACAUCUGCUGCUGCUACUUUCUGUUGUGGAGGACCAGACAGUGUUCAGAGAGGAAACAAAGAAUAUGAAUUCUGUGACAAAUCCGAACAGCGGUCAUAUUUGGAAAGACAGCUGUUAGGUCCUAGCCCUUCUACAUCUAGUAGUGGUAUAAACAGAUCUAUGAUGUUUGUGAGAAUUCGACAGAAACUGCAGCAUGGGAAGAAAAGGGCUUUCUCUAAACCUAAAGUUUCUUCAAGAGACACCUGGUUCACUAUGCAGCAGGGAAGCUCAGAUGAGCUGUACGCUUAUAUGAGCCAGCAUCGACCGGACCUGUGCAUCCUGGAGGGAGGUGAGGAGGAUGAAGCAGAGCAUGAUGAAGAGGAUUUUGUGCUUCUCGAUGAUGAUGAGGAAGAAGAGGGUUCUCCACGAGAAGGCCAGGCCGGAGAGGACUGGGAGAUGGUGUCAGUGGAGGAGAGUGGGCUGAAAGCUUCUGUCUCUACUGAACCAGACGGUUUGAGUAACAUACUGAAGCAGAGUGUCAUACUGGAUGCCCAACAAGUUAGAGAGAUCUCGAGAGAGCUGCCUCCACGUACCAUUGGACGCACGUGGCAGCUGUCCUACAGCACGGACAAACACGGGGCAAGUCUCAAGACUCUAUACAGAAAACUCAGCUCUACCGACUCGCCUGUGCUGAUAAUCAUCAAGGACCACAACCAGCAGAUUUUUGGGAGCUUCCUCUCACAUCCUCUGCAUCCUAGUGAUGCAUUUUAUGGCACUGGAGAGACCUUCCUGUUCCUGUCUCACCCACGCUUUAAGUGUUUUCGAUGGACUGGAGAAAACUCAUUUUUCAUCAAAGGGGAUUUGGACUCUUUUGCCAUUGGAGGAGGAAGUGGUCACUUUGGUCUGUGGGUGGAUGAGAGGUUGUUAUUGGGCAGAAGCAGCCCCUGUUUCACCUUUAAUAACUGCAGCCUGUCUGAGACAAACGACUUCACAAUUUUGGAUUUGGAAGCCUGGACAUUUGGCUGACUCAUGCUCCAAAUAAUCAUGAUUUAGUGGGAAAUAUGAGACCUGUAAAUGAAGGCAAAGAGACCCUGCAAACUGAAUAUUCUUCCUGAAGUGAAGUCAAGGGAAGAGUUUUGCACCAAUGGAUGAAAGCUCACCUAUCAUCUUUACCACUUAAAAGAAAGCCUGUUUCGUCUUGUGAUUAAGAGAUUAAGAUCCAUUUGGGUUCUUUUCAUUAUUUAAAUGAGUGCAUUUCAUCGUACAAGAAAUUACAUCUCAAGUUGAAUUCUGGGACAGAAUGGAAAACUAUCUGCCCAAAUAACCUCUGAAUUGUAUGUGUUCAUACUGGUGAGGUCAAUCAUGGAUCCCACAUUAUUACUGCAGCGCUAGUUACAAUGCGCAUGUUACUUUGAUGAGGAAACCUUUUCUAUCUGUGUUAAUGUAUAACAACUUAAAUAAGCUACAACCUGACUAAAUGGUACUGAUUAAAGCCUCACCUGCUGUUAGUAAGCUAAGCAUCUGCAAUACACAGUAGCUUAGGCAUUAGUUUAAAUUUCUGCUACACUUUACACAUAGAAAAGGUUCCUCGUCACUCAAGCCAAAACAAAAACAAGACUGAAAUGAUUUUGGCUUAAAAACCACACACAAACCUCAGAGCUGCAUGUUUCAUGUCUUGAGACUUUUGGUGUCACAAUACUUUCUUAGACAUUCACAAAGUCUUAAGCACUUCUGUGGAUGGAUUCCUAGCCUGUAGGAAAAA